UACGAAGACGAAGCAAGCCAUAAUAAUGAAGGCCUUCUGUAUCUUUUUCCUUUUGGUACUUACAAUUGCUUUCGUGAGUGGGGGAUACCUCAGAGGAGGGCUUAGCAGCGGAUAUGGAGCAACUGGAGUAGGUGGGGGCUAUGAAGUUGGCUCUUCAGUCGGGGUCGUUACUGCGGGAUACAGUGGAGGAGCAGGAUAUGGUGGUGCUGCGGGAUAUGGUGGUGAACUAGCUAGAGGUUAUGAUUAUGGAAAAUUAUCCUCAAACAUUACUUAAUGUUCUUAAUUCAUUCCUGUAUAAGAC